UAAUAACAUUAUAACAACAGUCUCGACUGACUCAAGUGAAAGAGGUCACUGAUGAGGUGUUAUUGUCUAUCUUUUAUCCUCUUUAGACAGUUCACUCGGUGUAUGAUGCGGGUUAUUUGAGACAAACAGCCCGCACAUUCCUCCCCCCCGAAGAGUGUGAUCGUGGCGUUUGGAGUCGGGGGGCUGAGGAGGGGAAGCGGGUUCCGGCGGGGAUCGACCCGAGCCCAAGGCCUCCGACCUCGGCCAGUGAGAGGAGAAGCGAUCCGGCGGCUGCCAUGGAGCCCCAGGAGUCCCAGGACGCUCCGGACGGCUUGGAGGAGCAGCGAGCCUUCAUCUGUGCCUCCUUCAACCAGGACACCACUUCUCUGUCAGUGGGCACAAAGACCGGCUACCGGCUGUUCUCCGUCACCGCUGUGGACAAACUGGACUGCAUCCAUGAAGGAGUAGAGUGUCCAGACGUGUACAUCGUGGAGCGGCUGUUCUCCAGCAGCCUGGUGGUGGUGGUCAGUCUGUCCAUGCCCCGCCGGAUGAACGUCUACCACUUUAAGAAGGGCACAGAGAUCUGUAACUACAGCUACUCCAACGACAUCCUCUCCGUCAGGCUCAACAGACAGAGGCUGGUGGUGUGCCUGGAGGAGUCGGUUUACAUCCACAAUAUCAAAGACAUGAAGCUACUCAAGACCCUGCUGAACACCCCCACCAACCUCACAGGUCUCUGCGCUCUCUCUGUUAACCACAGUAACUCCUACCUGGCGUACCCCGGCAGCGCCACCAUCGGAGAGAUCACCGUGUACGAUGCCAACAACCUGAGCACUUUGACCCUGAUCCAAGCCCACGACAGUCCCCUGGCGGCCCUCGCCUUCAAUUCCUCCGGCAGCAAACUGGCCAGCGCUUCAGAAAAGGGCACCGUUAUCAGAGUCUUCAGCGUUCCUGAGGGACAGAGACUGUUUGAAUUUCGCCGAGGGAUGAAAAGAUAUGUUAGCAUCAGCUCAUUAUCCUUCAGCGCAGACGCCCAGUUCCUGUGCGCCUCCAGUAACACUGAGACCGUCCAUAUAUUUAAACUGGAGCAGCACAGCCCCAGUCAAGAUGAGGAGUCCCCCACAUGGUCAACCUACAUGGGUAAAAUGUUCUCAGCAGCCAGCACCUACCUGCCCUCCCAGGUGUCCGACAUGAUGCAUCAGGACCGAGCCUUCGCCACGGUGCGCCUCAACAUGUUCGGCCUGAAGAACAUCUGCGCCCUGGCUACGAUUCAGAAGCUCCCCCGCCUGCUGGUGGCGUCCUCAGACGGGUGUCUCUACAUCUAUAAUGUGGAUCCACAGGAUGGAGGAGAGUGUGUUCUGGUCCAAAAACACAGGCUGUUUGAGUCCGGUGAGGAGCAGGUAGAGGAGAAGGAAGAGGAGGAUCCAGAGGACGGUUCUCCACCACCAACCAGCCAAUCAUAUGCUGCCACUGUGGCUCUCCCUUCAACCCCGCCCUCCUCCACCACUCUCAUGGGUUACUCUGAGGAAGGUGGAGCCCAGACAGGUGACGUUAUCCCGGAGCACGAGUUCGCCGAGAGCCCCGUCUGCUUGGACGACGAGAACGAGUUCCCUCCAGUCGGCAACCAGAGUAACUGACCAAACCCUCAUGAAACAUAACAAUCAGACUUCAGUUUCACGCAGAGGAGAAAUAUUCCUGUGUGGAGACAUUGUGGCACCCCCCUCCCUCUCACAUGUACCCCUGCUGGCCUAGGGUCACCUCUUGUCAGAAUGUUACUUCCUGGUGUUUCUGUACUCUGUUCCUCUAUCAUGUUUUGUAAGGAGUAUAGAUUAAAAACAAAGUGUAGAAGCUCCACCUCUCAUUAAAACACAUUUACAACAUGUGAGACGAGUUCAAAGACUGCUCCGCUUUUAACUCCCGUAUUACUCCAUUAACAGCUUUUUGGUUUAAUAUUCCAAAACCUAAAAACACUGACGUCAUUGUCAACAAAUAAUACCAUGUUAGCAAUCAGAUGAACAUUUUAUUUGUUGAUGUGUUAAUGAGCAGACUGAAGGUAGCAGAGAUCCUUGAAGCUGAUCAACUGAUUCUCUAUAAAGCUCAGUCAGUGAAAAGAUAACUUUUUAACAGCUUCUAAACAAACCAAGAGCAGUCAUACAAAUAUAAUAUAAAAUGUGUCAACUCUCUUAAGAUAAUGUCUUGUUUUCUGUCACUUAUUCAUCCUUUAAAAAAGCCUCUGAGAAUCAACCUUAAGGGCAUUUUUGUUAAUCAGGAAUCUGGGAGUUUAUCAAGGGCAUUCGAGGUGUCACUCCUCCGUAAAGAGGAGGUUACUCAAGAAGGAAGAGAUUUUGAAAGUGUGAUACACUAUUCAAAUCAUGAUACAUGCAAGAAGUAUUAUAUGACUUGCAGAUGCAGCUGUCAUGCUAAUUAUGGUAGCGAUAGAUGAGAAUAAACACCUGAUAAUAAAUGUGGAGCAGCCGCCUGAUGGUGGCGUUACAGGUCCUUGAAUUUCAGUGAUAUCCUGAAGACCUUUUUUUAUUUACUACAUUAUGCUGACUACAUUAAGUUAACAAGUCAUUUUUACUUUGAUUUAUGAAAUAUUCUUUUGCAAAAUGUAUUACAUGUACAUCCACGCAUAGACGUACCAUGCGUGAAUAUCUAUUGAGGAUUUUUACUGUGUAUAAUGUAUAUAUAACAUUUAUAUAUAGUUCUGUUGUAAUAAGUAACACCAAUUGAUUUGCCAAAAGGUGGCGCUGUUAGGACACCCGUCUGUUCAAUACUGGACGUUUGAGGAGAAAGAGAGACUCAUUAAAGCGGAGAAAAGAUUCAACCUCUGCAUUUUGUUUUGUUCUUUUAUUUUUUUAAAUAUCAUCAUUUAUGUAGCUGGUGUUUAAAUCUUGUAUAAAAUCUCACAAAUAAAGCAAAGUUUAAUUAA